AUGCGGAUUGAUGGAAGAAAUGAAAGGAUCAAAAAUAAAGAAAGAGGGUUUGGAAGCAUCCAGCCCGUGGAAAACAGGUUUAUAUCGAUGAUAGGCGCAGAGAGCACGCAGGGGACGAAAGUCACGGUUAAAAUCUCAAAAGUUAAAUAUUGCAAAAAUAGAGGAUUUUUUGAAGCAGCAUGA